AUGCGCUUUCGCCAGGCCGAAGCCGAAGCGGCAAGAGACUCGAAAGAGAUCACCCAACCCGACGCGCCAGAGGCAGAGACAAAGGCUGUAAGGGAACCUCUGCCAUCUCCUAAACAAGACGAAGACACAGCUACCGUCUUGACAGAAGAGUGCUUGGGGACGCCAAAACUGGCAGAAGUAAGAUCUCGUCAAAAUCCAAGUUAUGACCACACCCAAGCUCGGCCUGAGAUCACAUUCGCAUAUUAUCCUUUCCUCUGUAUCAACAAUCUCAGCUCUUUGCGUACGGAUGACAUUAAUUAUCUGGAGUCUCAAGGGUGCCUUAGAGUACCAGAAAGUAGCUGCUUGGACGAUUUGGUCCGGGCGUUCUUUCGUUAUGCUCACCCUAUCUUGCCUGUUGUUAACGAAGCCGAGUUCUGGUCUAUUUACGACCCAUUAACCUCUGGGAGCAGGGCCAGUCGAAUUCCUGUUAUACUGCUUUCAGCCAUGCUGUUCGUCGCGUGCAAGUACGUGGAUGAUUGUGUCAUUCAAAACAUGCAGCUUAAUACCGCACAUGAGGCGCGGGACAGGUUGCUCCGGAAGACUCAGAUUCUCUACGAUCAAGAGACCGAGUCAUCACCAGCUGUUCUUGCCCAAGUCUCUCUUCUGCUUACACACUGGAGCCCACAAAUAAGUUUAAGGACUAGUAAGCAGAGUACUGAAUGGCUUGGUCGGGCGAUUCAUCACUGUCAGGAUGCUAUUUCCCAGGCGAAGCUUUGGACAGCGCUCAAAGCUCGCUCGAACGAGGGCAACCUUAUAAGAUUGCUUAGAUGUUGUAUUCUCAGCGACUGUAUACACAGUUUGUACAACCGUCGACCGCUAAUGAUGCCUCCCGGUAUGGUCGAAGCUGAGAAACUCUCCCCUAUGCUCUCUCGUGGCCAUUUAUCUUAUGAGAUUGGCCGUUCUCGAGUCUACGGCGUCGAAGAAAAGCAGCAAUUUAUCGAAGUCCAGGAACAGAUUUCGGCUCUCGUCACCAUUUUGAGCAGGGUCAUGGCUAUGGUUUACCCACAAGAGGGUACAACUAUUUGCAGAAAUACGCCGUCGCUGAGUGGGGUUGAACACGAAUUACAUGACUGUAAGAACCGCCUGAAAACAUGGUAUAAUGAGAGUUUAAUGCUCUCGGUUUGUGAUCGAGAUUCCGCGUUGGGCUCACCCACCAGCAUGGACGAUGGACGAGAACAUGAAGGCUUACAGUAUGACCCUGUUGGGCUUUUAGUGAGUAUGAUGUACCUCCAUUAUGAGACUGCCAUGUUGGCGCUUUGUCACAGCGAACUCAUGCGUCUCAUGGCAAAUCCUCCCGUGACAUACCCAGCCUACAGGCUACACGAGAGGUUUUCUAUUCAGAAACAGAAACAAGAUCUUCUAAAUUGCAUCCUAGAAUGCAUGAUAUUUUGCACGGCACUUCCUCUGAUAUUACAUCUCCUGAACACCGAAGCCCAUAAGAAGAAUGAUUCAUCCUUAUCUCACGACUUUUCACCACCGUCUCGCCAACAAGCCGUUACGGUACAAUGUUCUCGUUAUCCAGAUUGGGUGCGGAAGGUUACACAAUGCCUGAGGCUCCACUUUAGGGAGGAACUGGAGUACAUAUUACAAGCAGCCAAAGCUGUAAACAAAUACCUGGCUCAAGUUUUCCAGGAAAGCUACGAAGUACAACUUCUCUCUACUCAAGAGGAAGAAGUCUCCCAGCCCAACGAAGAACAACUCCACAUGUGUAACUGGCGCGAACUAUUGGAUACCAGACCGAGAAUUUAUGCUGGUCUCAUCAAAACACUGGACACUGUCAUCACAUGGGGGGGACCAUUGAAUGAAGCAGACAUGGGUGCCUCAUUCAACGAAUACCAAGCACCGCCUGUCUCUGGUCUGAUUCGACAAUGUCGAGGGAGGAAGGCCUCGGUGGCAUUGAACUCGACGAUGUCUGCAGCUUCAUCUCGAAGAAGCAUUCAAAAGAGACCACAGUCUACGUCAUGUAGCGAUGAGCUAGCAGCACAGCCGGAAGCUGUCGAUACUGAUUCGGGCCUCCUGCCCCCAGAAGUUCUGCGUCAAAGCUCCAGCGACAUUGUGAUGCAGAAACUCGAUUUUCUCCAGUCCUGCCAGCUUGAGGUACCUAGAGAGACACACCAUCCAACAUCAUUGGAUCCCUUGCGGGGGUGGGCAGAAGAAAUCGCGGAUGGCGUCAAACCUGUCCUGGGCAAGGUUGCUUCUCACGAAAACAUCCAGCUCAUAGACUUCACCGAUGCUGAAGACAUAGUUUUGGAAGAUAAGAUAAGUGAUGACUGGAUAGAUGCAUUGUUGGAGAAGGAUAUAUUAUCGUAG